AUAUCGGCCGCAUUGGUGGAAAACAAGCGGUGAUGUAUUCGCCCGCUUGCCUGAAGCAGCACGGCGAUGUCCAACACGAACUGAUGCACGUCUUGGGAUUUUUUCACGAACACUCACGAUCUGACCGAGACGAGUAUGUUACCAUCAUCUGGGACAACAUCGCCAAAAGCGAUAAGGAGCAGUUUGCCAAGCACGAAGACGGCAACACGUACGGAUUGCCGUACGAUUACGAAUCAGUCAUGCACUAUAAGCACAACGCCUUCGCCAAGGACAGCGGUAUCCCCACUAUUCUCCCUACAAACAAAAAAGUCCCGGAUUGGACAGAACAAAGACCUGAGUCCGCUGGAUGUCGUCAGAAUACACCGGAGGUUUCGGUGUGCUAUUGCAGACCCAAAAAGCUUUGCAGGUAGCGACAGCAACAGCAACAGCAACAGCAACAGCAACAGCAACAACGGAAAAGCCAAGGACUGCCCCAUUGCGCAGGCACAAACAGAACAUCAGAGCGACUGCAGCACGGAUGAUGACGACAACAAGGAGACGGUUACCGGAGUGGAAACCUUCCCGCAGUUUUCCCACGAACCAAUGACCGCAGAACAAUGUAGGCCCCAGUUCACAGCCAACUGCCACGUCCUCGGCUCUACAGUUGAUAACUGCACACACACCCAAGCGCUGACCAUCAACUGUAGCAAGCUCGUCACUUCGGCUGAACUUCAGCAAAUGGUUACCGGCUUCUCGAAACCACCAUUAAGAGCCGUUGGUGUUGAUCUGGAUGAUGGCGAUCGACUAAUAUUCAAUAAUUUUCAAAUGAUUCGACAACAGGUGGUGCGUCUUGCCAUCAGCAACUGCCUUUCCAGUCGCACCAGCCAAAAGCUGACCACACUCCGAUUCUCUAAUUUGCUAUCCUUCAGGCUGAUUUACUGCUAUGGAGUGGAGAUAAAGAAAACGGACUUCAGCCAAUCAAAAAACAUCAGAGAAAUCGCUAUCGCGGAUACCACUAUUGCGAUAAUGGAAGAAGGGACAUUUACUGAUUUGCCAUUUUUGCGAUUGAUGACCCUGGAGGACGAUAUGCACAAAAUGAGUGUUUUCAGGCGGCAGAUUCGUGAGUACCUGAAGAAGCUGCACUGCGGUUGUGAGUUCCAGUGGUAUCGUGAUUGGUGGGAAAACAAUCGCCAGCUAUUGCGCCGCGAAGUUGAAGAAGGGGAAGUGUUCUUCAUUCCGGAUUCAUGGAGGAACGCCGGUUAUAGUAAAAAGGAUAUUCAUCUGCCUAUUGACUGUUCAGUAAAUCCAUUUCCCACUUUGCCAGCCUCCAUCGAUCACACUCAGUACAGAUUUUCCAUCAACGUACCGAACUUUUCGGGUUCCGAAGCCGACAAAUCACUGUGUUCCAAGAAACUACCGAACAGCCAAGACACAUUUUUUGCCUUUUCUACGGAUCCGAUGACCGCCGAGGAGUGCGACAUGCAGUUCACGGCAAACUGUGAACCACAGUCGUAUAACAGGAGCGUAUGCCUUCUUCAAAAAGCGGUGCAGAUCAGCUGCUAUCGAGAAGCAACCGCGGAAGAAAUCGCACGCCUAUUGACAGCUGUUAACAAAGCGCGUCCGCGCGCUGUAUCGAUUAACACGGACGACGACACUGAACUCUCGUCCAUCAGUCUCGGCGAAGUACGGAAGCAGAUCGUUAGGUAUGCGCUGCACGCAUGCACAGAUCCCAGAGUAACAGGGAGACUGCGUGAAAUGUCCCUGCCUAACCUCUUCGAGUACCAUCUUGACAAUUGUUUGGGCCUGCGUGCCAAAAGAGAGGAUUUCGAAAAUUCCCCGAAAUUACGAACGGUAGUUUGUACGAACUGCACGUUUCGGACUAUCGAAAGCGAUACGUUUUCUCAGUUGCCGGCUCUGCGGAUAUUGUCACUGGAAAGGGGAAUCGGUAAGGCAUCCACUUUCAGCGCGGAUGUCAAGGAUUAUCUGUUCCGGCUGCACUGCAGCUGCGAGUUUGCGCCAUUCCGCCGAUGGCGAAAGAGCGCAAAGCAAUUGCUGCGAUCGGCGGAAUGGGGACAACUGUAUUGGUUGCAAGAGAGUUUCACCAGCUGGACGUUCGCCUCAAGCGAAGUUUAUGUACCAGUUGAUUGUUCAGAAAAACCUUUUCCCUCGGGAGCGGCAUUUAUUGACUUUGAUCAGGUGGAGUUCUCUUUGAAUGAGCCUAUCUGCUGACCCUGUUGUUGUAGAAUUAACAAUACGGCUCGGCUCUUACGGAAUCUGACAAAACUGCUAUCAACACUGUUUACAGAAGUCACCUGAAUUUCUCUGCAAAUAUUUUGCAUUAACGGUUGUGGUGAGAACAUUCUGCAAGCAAUAAAAGGUCAGGUCGUUCAACGCGUUGCUGUUUGCACGGAGAAUGUGAACGCGCGCACGGGAAAUCGGCACGGGCACCGAUGCUCAACUGCUUUUGCACGAAACCUUCAUACUGUGGACCUAAUUUAGGGUGUACGUACAUUCGGUCUGCGACCGA